AUGCAGAUCGCAGCCCAGCGAGGGGCAGAUGGCCUGUCGGAGCCGGAAGGCAUCUCUCUGAAGCGGGUCGCUGUGGUGGAAGAUUUCUUUGACAUCAUCUACUCGAUGCAUGUGGAGAGCCCAGCGGAGCCCGGCAAAGCCCCCAAGCACGCUGGGCAGAAGAAAACCUACCGAGCGAUCGCAGAGACCUACGCCUUCCUCCCUCGGGAGGCUGUGACCCGCUUCCUGAUGAGCUGCACCGAGUGCCAGAAGAGGAUGCACUUUAAUUCCAACGGCCUAGAGCCCAAAGAAAACGAGCCUCCCUCUCCUCUGGUCUCCGGGAUCAUUGACUACAACAUGCCCCUCACCUCCACCUACCUGAAGCAGAUGAAGCUGCGAGUGAUGAACUCCCAGGAGCAGGAUGAGACUUCGGUGAGCAGCGAAGAUUUUGAUAUGAAUGACUCCUCAUGGAUGUCAGCUGACCCACGCCUGGCCUCCAGCCUGAGUCCCAGCCAGGACCCCAGGAUGAGGAGCCCCCAGAACCUCCACAGCCAAGAGGAUGACGACUCCUCCUCGGAGAGCGGCAGCGGCAAUGGCUCCUCCACCCUGAACCCAUCCGCUUCGAGCAGCACGCAGGGCGACCCCGCCUUCCCCGAGCUGAACGGCAACGGGGCCGUGGCCCCCAUGGACUUCACGGCCGCCGCCGAGGACCAGCCCAUCAACCUGUGCGACAAGCUCCCGCCAGGGACCACACCCUCCUACCCCUCAGACGGCUGCAGCACGGACGGACUGCGGAGCCGGGUCAAGUAUGGGGUGAAGACCACCCCAGAGUCGCCCCCCUACAGCUCUGGGAGCUACGAUUCCAUCAAGACAGAGGUCAGCGGCUGCCCAGAGGACCUGACGGUGGGCCGGGUGCCCACGGCGGACGAUGAUGACGACGACCACGACGACCAUGAAGACAACGACAAGAUGAACGACUCAGAGGGCAUGGACCCGGAGCGCCUCAAGGCCUUCAACAUGUUUGUGCGUCUCUUCGUGGACGAGAACCUGGACCGCAUGGUGCCCAUCUCCAAGCAGCCCAAGGAGAAGAUCCAAGCCAUCAUCGAGUCCUGCAGCCGGCAGUUCCCCGAGUUCCAGGAGCGCGCACGCAAGCGCAUCCGCACGUACCUCAAGUCCUGCCGUCGCAUGAAGAAAAACGGCAUGGAGAUGACCAGACCCACUCCUCCCCACUUGACCUCGGCCAUGGCAGAGAACAUCCUGGCGGCGGCCUGCGAGAGCGAGACAAGGAAAGCGGCCAAGCGGAUGCGCCUGGAAAUCUACCAGUCCUCGCAGGAUGAACCCAUAGCCCUGGACAAGCAGCACUCCCGGGACUCCACAGCCAUCACCCACUCCACCUACUCACUGCCAGCCUCCUCCUUCUCCCAGGACCCCGUCUACGUCAACGGCGGCCUCAACUACAGCUACCGCAGUUACGGAGCCUUGGGUAGCAACCUGCAGCCCCCCGCUGCCCUCCAAACGGGAAACCACAGUAAUGGGCCCACGGACCUCAGCAUGAAAGGCGGAGCCUCCACAGCCUCCACCACGCCCACCCCCACGCCUUCCAGCACCAGCACCAGCAGGACCAUGCCCACCGCCCAGCUCAGCCCCACGGAGAUCAGCGCCGUGCGGCAGCUCAUUGCCGGCUACCGGGAGUCGGCCGCCUUCCUCCUGCGCUCCGCAGACGAGCUGGAGAACCUCAUCUUACAGCAGAACUGACAGCCCUCGGGUGCCCGGGGGCACCCCGGCCUCUGUGCCAGGUGGCCCGUGUGGUCCUGGACAGAGGCGGGACCUGAAAAGCUGUUCUAGCCACACUCCAAGCACCUGAGACUUUGGGCACAAGGACACUUUUUGGUUUUUUGGGGGUUUUUUUUGAAUCUCGCCACACGGGUGCUCUGACCUGCUCGGAAGAGGACAUGGGCAGCUUCAGAGGGGCCGCCCAAGCCGGCGCUGACCCGGCCACAGCUCUAUCUAGAAAAAACUCUCGUGGACCCUGAUGUUAGAAUCCUGCCCCCGAUAAUUACCUUUCAAGUCUUAGGUGAGCAGAAUUGCAUAUUUAUUGAGAAAGGCAAAAGUGGACCCUCUUUCCCUCGACCCUUAGUAAUUUAUUUUUCUGAAAAUGGAUUUCUUUUGUGUUUGUACAGAUUGCCAGUCUGUGUCUGUCUGAUCCGAAGGGUGUGUCCCUGUGACCUAACAUUCCAUAGCACUACACUGAUGCAGGCUGGACCGCUGGGGGGCACCAAGGGCACCACCCCUCAGGCAGGAGGGUCUCUCACCCCCACUGCAAAGCAAAAACAAGCCAGGCGGCCCCCACCCCAUGUUCCCGAAGUCCCCAAUCCACGGCCACCGUAUUCUACCUCACACUCCAGCGUGGGCUGUUUCCAGGAUGCGCCUGAGCCCGCUCCCACCGGCUGUCUCCCCACCCCUCUGCACAGUGUCUGUCUGCUGGGGACUUUAGUCCAGACUGGGGGCCCAGGAUCUUGCCCUUGGAACCAGUCCCCUUAAGCCCCCUGCCCUGCCCUCUCAGCUGCUCUGGGGGACAGAGUGGGGGGAGUGGGGGCGGUGAGCCAGAGAGCAGGCCCCUUGCUCUCAUCCUGCCCCCCAUGAACUCGGGAAAGGGCCUGUUCUUCAGGGUGAGUGCUGACAUCUGGCAGUUGGGGGCGCUCCUGGCCCCCUGAGACUGGAACAAAGGGAUCUGCCACCAAGGCAGAGAAGCCACCUGGGUGGGCCUAGGACCAACCCUCCUUCCCCAGGCACCUGACUGGAACAAACCCAUCACCCCUGGAGUGUGAAAAAGGGCAAAAGGCGAGGCUGGCCUGGCCUCCUCCCUCUCCAUAGGCACUUCCUCGCUCAGUGCAAUACCUCCCAGUGCUGCUAAAACAUGGGCUCCCCAGACCUCAGCAGGCCCCAGCCCCGCUGCGCCCCCGGCAGUAGCCACCAAGUGCAGCCCUGCUGCCCACCCUGCCCAGAAGGCAGGACCCCUCUGUUGCCUUUCCUCUCUCUGAACAGAGACCUUGGGAGCUGGGGCCCAUUGUCAGCUGCCCCGGGGGAGGUGUGGGGAGAGACACUCAAAGGUGGAUGCCCCCACCCUGCCUCGCAUCCAUGACUUCACUGCGGAAGGCAGUUAGGAAGGCAGGGCCAUCCCACCCCAUGCUUGCUUCCACCCCUAGAGGCUGGGGGUGGUCUCUCUCAAGUGGCCUCUUAACACCCCACCUAGCCACACCUGCCUUCCUUCCAUGUGACCACACCCUGAGCUCCAGUGCCCAGGCCUCCCGCCACACCCUCUCCAGCGCUGUACCGCUCCAGACAUUUGAAUUUGUGUAAAUAUUUAUUUUUGUGUGUGAACAAUACGACAGAGUAAUCAGUAGAUCAUUUGGAAAAAUGUUAACCCAGGCAAUUUGUGAGACUCUCGUGUUAACCAAUGGCAGAGACAAUCGCCGCCUUAGAGUUCUUGUUCUCGCUCGCUCCCUAUCGUCUCUCCUCCUGGAGGCUGCACCCAAGUGACAUGCGUGGCUUGCGUUUCUUGGCAAACAGGCGUGAGAAGGGACAAUUGCUCAGAGUGCGGCAGCGGCUGCGGCUUGGAAGUCCGUGGUCUAGUUGGAGCUGCUGUGCUGGCUGCGGGGGGGCUGCUGAUGCAAGGGUGCAGCUCGGGGCAGGGCCUUGGCUUUGUAGAGAAACAGCCCUGGGCCCUAUGGCCACCCCAGGACAUUGGAUCUGCAUGUCGUUUUCUGCCCUCCCCGCCCCCAUGGCUCCCUCCAGGGAAGCUAUCCCCAAGCCCUGGCACUGCAGGCUCCCCAAAAGUGGAGCAAGUUGUUGGUGUGGAAACAGGAUUGCAUUCGCUGGUUCAGGGAACUUGUUUUACUUUUGUUGUUGACUGUGCAGCCCCCUCCCCCCUCCUGACUCAGAGAGCAGCGACACGCUGGCUCUGUUGAAGCCCACCUGCUCACCGCACCCCCCACCCCCAGGGGGGGUGCUGCCCUCCUAAGUCUUGCCCCACAGCUAUGUGAGCUCUUUAGUCCACCCGUUGGGCUCCUACAUUCAAAGGGAAAAGGCAAGAGCAGGGGCUGGCCCAGGAGAAGUGGGGCUGUGGUCUUCAAGGAGAGCCUUGAUAGUGUGUGACCCACCGGAAACCCAGUGCACCCCUCACUGCUCCUUAAAGGGAUGACAAAGGGGGACAGGCAGGGGGAGGUGGGAGGGUGGUGGAGGAUCCCUGGCAGGUAGGACCCACCCACCCCUUCUCCCUCCUCCCACCCCCACCCUUCUGAGGGCCACUUCCAAAUCCAGGGGUGGUGACCGGGUUUAACUAACCAGUCCAUUUUCAAAAUGCUGCUUUGAACUCAGAGGGUUGAUAAACUUUUCAUUUGUAAUUUUUUGUAAAACUUUUUACAAGAUAGUAAAGUAUCUCCCCAGAACACCAGUUUCAAUCCGUCCAUGGUCCAUUUUUAUAUCAUUUAGUGGUGCUUUAGAAACUUGGUUUUUGUUGUUUCUGAGCCAGCCGGCUCCAUCCUUUUUCGCCUGUAUCUACCUAAGACCAAUGUGAACCUUUGUAUUUUUGCUCCUAAUUUUGGACUCAGUGAAAGUGUACUGUUUACAUGUACAGAUGCCCCAUCCCUGUGUGUUCUGCAAGACCUGCUCCCGAGGAGGAAGCUGCACCUCACUCCACUCAUCUGCUUAGCAUAGCCACAAAAACAAACCUCUCUUUUUACCUACUGUUUCCACCUAAAACAAAUCGCCUACAGCACGUAGAACUCCAAUUUGAAGAACCUUUUUCUAAGCUCAGAAAUCCUUUCUGCAUGUCAGGUGGCCUGUGCGCCUCUCUUGUGGGGUCCGUGUAGAGAAGGGGUCAGACUCGACCCCCAGGGGUCUCUGGGUGGCAACAGUGCAGGUGGGACAUGGUUGUGGCGCUGCAGGAAGGGCAGAGCUGCCUGGGACCGGCCUUCACAGCCAAGUCACCUGGGAUUCAGGGACAACCCAAGAGGUCACCAAGCUGCUGGUGGAAUUGAGAGGCUUCUGGGAAAGGUGUCCCACACCUGAGAGAAGUGAGACUUCCCUGGGGCAGUGGGGGGUUGGGCCCAGCACAAGCGAAUCUUCUGGGGAGGGGCGAAGGCCCCACACUGUAGCCAGCGUAAGGCACUUAAAGCAAACGGUGGUGGCACCAACUUUUCAAGGUGACCCUUUAUUACUGAAUCAAUGGCCUCACCUCUAAAUUCUAUUUUUACAGAUAUGCACCUAUGCAACUUAACGUGGCUCUCCUAAGCAGCUGAGGACUUCCUCCUCAAUGCUCUCUCAAAUAAUGUGUUCUAUAGAGUGAGUUUUUCCAAGUACACGUGGCUUAAUAUUUUAAUUCUUAGAAUGUGUCUUCUCUCUGUGAUGCAACUCAAUUCUGUUUUGUUUGUGGAAUGACUAGCACAGGCCACCCCCUCGCCCUGUCACUUAACAAAGACCAAUGAGCUGUUAGCCGAGCUGUGAUCUCCAUGGUAUUACUUGCUAAAUGCACUGAUUUCAUAAGUAUGUGGAAUCCUUUUUCUUUGGAAUCUGUAUAUCAUAUAUAAGACUGAAUCUACUUAAUAAACACUGAAUAACAAACCCAA